UCUGCCGUUUGUCCUCUUCCUCCUCUGCCGCCACUUUCGGAGAUAGCAUCACUCAAAAGUUCCUGUUAAGUCAGCUGACACCUGAGGAGCACAACCUGUUUUUCGGAGAUUUGAAAAGGGAUCCUACAUUCUACUUAAUUCGCCCUUCCCUGCUCCCUUAUCAUUUGUCGGGUGACUUGGAAGCCAAAAAACUCAAAAUAAGUUAUGCUGAGACUUCAAUAGAGGUGGUUGUUUAUCCGUCAGAAGACCUAUUAGCUUCGCACAUCCGUGAGGGAGGCUUUGUAGUUGGUGGCGUGCCAGUCGAUUAUGCAUCUGAUUCCUGCCAUUACCGGUUUUCCAACAAAACAUUAAUAGUGGCCGUGAACGACUGUCAUCCAGGAUUCCUCGAUGGGAUGAUUUUAACAGCAAAGCAGGUGGGGAUAUUCCACCCAGUCCCUCAACGACUGAUUCAUCUUUUGUACGACAAAAGUUACCAAAGCUCCUCUUCCCUCCAACAAAAUCUGUGGGACUACCACAUAUUCCAUCUAGCCGACAAAUCUUUCCUUCCGGUUCCGUUGAGAAAGCGAAGAUCAUUAUUACGUAGGAAAUAUGACCAAGGACUGACAGAUGAGGCCAACUGUGCAACAGACGAUGAACAUGAUAUGACUGGUAGACCUUCUUCAAGCCAAGAGGUGAAGUCUACGAGACCUCCUUCCCUUCGAGAAUUUAAUGAACUGGUACCUGAUUUGCAAGAUGACUUGAAUAAAAUUACGAAUGACUCACUUCAGGAUGGCAUCGGAGACCCUCUCACGAUUGUCCAGAGAAAAACUCUCGAGUUAGCUGUGUUUUGUGACGAUGUUCUCUACAACAACUUUCCUCAACAACUGAAGAACGCAAAAUCGACAAGAUUACUUGACUACAUUUUGACGCUGAUUAACGCAAUACAAGGAAUCUACCACCAAGAAGAACUACAAGGAUAUGUCUUAGAUCUGUUAAUUGUCAAGCUAGACAUCCAAACAUCAGCCAUCCAGGGACCAAGCAAGAGUGGUGGAGACAUAGGAGCAUACUUAUCUAGUUUUUGUAACUGGCAAAAGGAACGGAACCCCGAGGGGGAGGAGACUCCCGAGCAUUGGGAUCAUGCUAUUAUGCUCUCAGGGUUAGAUCUUCAUUCGUCCGGAAACCCAUCUGUGAUUGGCCUUGCCUGGGUGUCAGGAAUGUGCCGCCCCUCCAUCUCGUGCACGAUGAACGAAGGGCGAUCAUUCAUGGCGGUUUAUGUGGUCGCUCAUGAGCUCGGACACAACCUCGGAAUGAAUCACGAUGGCCAGGGAUCUGCCAGUGGCUGCAACAGCGGGAAAUACAUCAUGUCUCCAUCGGUGGGUCCCGGGAAGACAACUUGGUCUCAGUGCUCAAUUGAAGUCCUCCACGGUUUUCUGAGAAAGUCGUCUUGCCUGGACGAUGGAGUCGAGGCUCGGACAGACCUUGGGAAAUAUUCGUCUGACCCGGAAACAAGGAGGCUUUCUCAUAAAGGCACUUACUCUCCUUUGCCCCCAUUCCUAGUGGCCCUGAGGGACAGGACGCCUGGCCAUCAGUUUUCUUUAACCGAACAGUGCCAAGCAAUGCAUGGAAGGGACUAUUUUCCAGCACUAACGAAGUUUGAUCUGUGUGACUAUCUGUACUGCACCAACGGAGUUCUAACAAAACCAGCGCACCCUGCUCUCGAAGGCUCUCCUUGUGGACCCCACAGAAUAUGCCUAGGAGGACAGUGUCGUCCCGAGGAAGAAUUAUCCCGCUUUGUCCAUCUAUAUGGCGAGAUUGCCUCCGAUCUUGCUCCAAUGAAUGGAUCUAAGACAGAAAGUCCUUCAUAUGGCGAUCUACCUGUCAUUGCAGUCUCUGACGACAACGAAGACACGUCAUGUACGUGCGCCGGAUUACCUCAGAUGACAAAAAAGCCACCAAAAGAUAUUUGCCCUUUGUUAGCUCGAAUGUUUCAUCCUUUGUUUAACUGUCAAGAACGAUGCAGCCAGGAGGAUCUUUUUAUCAAGUUUGAAAAGGACAAGUUUUAUCAAAUUGUAAAUGGAAAGCAAAAAGAAAAUGAGCCUGGAAUUUGCAGUUUUUAUGUCAACCAGGUGCUCUCUUCUGUAAAUAUACAUAAAAAUUUAUUACCAAAUUUGAGUAAUACACAGAUGUCUAUGGAAGAAUAUCAAAUUUUGUGUAGUGUAAUGCCUGACUUCAUUACUUCCGUUCUAUCUUGUCCCCAGACGAUAAAUGUAAAUAGAUGCCUCCCUCAACACAUCAUAGUGGAAGUUUCUGGGAAUAACUUUACUUAUGCUCAACAAGACACUGACCAGAACAGAGGAAAUAUCCAGUGGAGAGGUCAAAAUUAUUCGUUGUUCAAUUCUUCAGAGGACUUAGGCUUUGCUUCAUCACCACUUCGUGAUUUGCUAGAAAGAGAUUUCUUGUCAUUUUCAAAAUGCAAUCAGGACCAAACGUUGAGUGAUUUCCAGUUCACUAUUAAAGAAAUUUGCCCAUACUUGCCGUCUUCCCUCGGCACGUUCUUUAACUGUAGUCUUCGGUCUUAUCGAAUAUGCGAAAAUUCUGUGAUAUUCCUUGAUGCUGAAAAAAAUCUCGGUACUAAAGUUCCAGUCAGAUCCGUCACUGAAUCUACGAGAUUUAUGAAAUGUAAUCGUUGUCCCGACGCAUUUGAGGAUUUAGACAGAAUCCUCACAAACUUAAAGAAGAGCAGAGAUGAGGUAUUACAACAAGUAUGUCAUUUGAUCCCAUCAGCAUGGAUAGAAAAUAUUUCGGCUUGUGACGCCAAGAACUUAUCUUAUUUUAAUGAAGAUAAUUGUCUACCAAACACUUUGGUAGUUCAAGGGACGGAUUACGAUUUUACUUACAGCCCUCAUGAUCCAAAUGAAGGACAUCUCAUUCAAUCGUCAGUUGAAUGGAGAGGACAUCCGUUUUUGCUAAAGAAAAUCAGCUAUGCGGGCAAACUGAAGGAGAAGGAACUAGAAACUGAGUACGGCGUAGAUUUUUCUAAGAAAUAUAUAUUCAGAUUUCAUCAGAGCGAACUUAUCACGACGCCUAGAGGUGCGAAAUUCAACAAUAGUUCACAGGAACUUUUACCACUGGCCCGAAGGACUCCAAAUGUCCCUCUGCUAUUAAAAGUCAAGGAAAACCUUAGUGUGAAUGCGAGUCUGCUCAGGAUGGACAACCUGCAAGAGUACAUCGGUCAGAGGGAUGCUUAUUUGGCCAGCAACUCUGCUUUAGUGAUGCCUCGUACAUAUGUGGGCCCCUGUAGCGUCACUUGUGGACAAGGCAUAAGGCCAAUCAACGUGGAAUGCGUUGAUGUCACGACAGAGGAAGUGGUAGACGACGGUUCCUGCCAGGGUUUCAUAGACACGGAGAUCAAUAUGGAGCCUUGUUUCAUGCCUCCUUGUUCUACAGCCAGAUGGAGCAUAGGAGACUGGGGUCCCUGUAGCGAUAGUUGUGGUUCUGGAGUGCAGUACCGAGAAGUUAUCUGCGCCAUGCGACUGGAAAAAGACCUGGGUCCAGUGGCACAGCAGCUACGCGGCAACAUUGAGCUUGUCGUGGACGGAGUACUGUGCUCGGAGAGGCAGCCGGCCAAAGUAAGGGAAUGCAAAGGACAAUGCAAAUUACCUGUGUGGUGUGAGGAAGAAGAUUGUCUGGACUACCAGGAUAUACAAAUUUCCAAAGACUUUGAUUACUAGAGCUGGCAAGAAACGAUGAUUUCAAAGGAUAGCGAAGGGUAGAUCGAAGCAUUUCAUGUCUUACUGAAUAUAGU